AUGGAAGGACCUGGGGGCCCUCGUGGGCACCGAGCUGUCCCUGACCAGCAGUGUGUCCUGGGGGCCAAGGAGGACACUGGUGUCCCAGGGGGCAUUUCCAGCAGCCCCGCCGCGCUCCGCUCGCUCCACCGCCUGCCGCCCGCCCCGCCGGGCCGCCCCGCGCUGCUCCGCCUGCCGCGCCCGGCCCUGCCGCUCUGCCGCGGCUUCUCCGAGCUACCGCCCCUGACCUUGGCCGACAUCAAGGACCGGGUGCUCUACGUGCUCAAACUCUACGAUAAGAUCGACCCCGCCAAGCUCACAGCCGAGUCCCACUUCAUGAAGGACCUGGGCCUGGACAGUCUGGACCAAGUGGAGAUCAUCAUGGCCAUGGAGGACGAGUUCGGAUUUGAAAUUCCUGACGGAGAUGCAGAGAAGCUGAUGUGCCCACAGGAGAUUGUAGAUUACAUUGCAGAUAAGAAGGAUGUUUAUGAGUGAAGCAGUUGCUCGGAGGAGUUGUCCCACACCAGGACUGGGCUGGUGCCGGCAGGGAUGGAUGGAUGGAUGGGAGCGCACACGCUGUCCCACUGCGGCCUUCCCUGGGAAAGCUGCAUGUGGAUGUUGUAUUUAAAGCUGUCUGAAUGUGUUGUCCUUUAAAAACAAGAAAAAAAAAACAGGAAUAAAGAGUUAAGACCA